AUGAUUUCGGCGCCUUCGGCUCCCAGGAAGAUCGCCGCCGCCGUGUUGUCGCCGCUGCUCUUGUCUAUACUCAAGAACCCCGCCGCCGUGAGAUCGAGAUGGCAAGCGCUGCAGCUCCAUGCGCAGGUCCUCAAGUCCUCCGGGCCGGCCAUGGUUGGCGGCGACGCCCUCCUUGUCUCGGUCUACUCCAAGCUCGGCCUCCCCCGCGCCGCCGCCCUCGCCUUCGCCGCCGUCCCUGCGCCGUCGGCGCUCUGCUGGGCGGCGAUCAUCCGCUGCUGCGCCGCCCACGGGAUGUUUCACGAGGGCGUCUCCCUCUUCCUCCGGAUGAGGAGGGCGGCGUCGGCGGCCUCAGACGGGCACCGCCACGCGCUCCCCUCCGUCCUCAAGACCUGCGCCAUGCUCGGGGAUGUGAAGCUCGGGGAGUCCAUCCAUGGCUGCGCCGUCCGCUUUGGCCUCGCCUCUGAUCUCUACACGGGCAACGCACUGAUGAAUAUGUACUGCAAGUUCCCGGGAGAGCUGAUCUGCAUGGAGAAGGUCCGGAAGCUGUUCGAAGGAAUGCCCCAAAGGGAUGUCGUCUCCUGGAACACCGUGAUCGCGGGGAACGCUCAGAACGGGUUUCACAGCGACGCCAUCGCCAUGCUCAGGGAGAUGAGCAGAGGCGGCAUGAAGCUCGACUCCUUCACCCUGUCCAGCGUGCUCCCCAUAUUCGCGGAGCAGGCGGCGGUGAACAGGGCGGCGGAGGUCCACGGCUACGCGAUCCGGCGCGGCCUCGACGGCGACGUCUUUGUGGAGAGCAGCCUCAUCGACGCGUACGCGAAGAGCGCGAGGGUCGACUACUCGCGCAGGGUCUUCAGCUCCUCUCCCCGCCAUGAUCCCAUCUCCUGGAACUCCAUCAUCGCCGGCUCGGUGCAGAACGGCCUCUGCGACGAAGGGAUCAGGCUUUUCCGGCGUAUGCUCGCCGCCGGCAUGAGCCCUCGGUCGGUGACCUUCUCCAGCCUCAUGCCCGCCUGCGCCCACAUGACGACGCUGCACCUCGGCAGGGAAAUCCAUGGCGUCGUCGUCCGUUCCAGCUUCGACGGGAACGUCUUCGUUGCCAGCUCGCUCCUGGACAUGUACGCCAAGUGCGGCUGCAUCGGCGCCGCCCGGCGGAUCUUCGACGGGAUGAGCUCGCCGGACAUGGUCUCCUGGACGGCGAUGAUCAUGGGGUACGCCCUCCACGGGCCCGCCGGUGAGGCCCUCACUCUGUUCCAGAGGAUGGAGGCGGAGAAGGUAAAGCCCAACGCCGUCGCCUUCGUCGCCGUGCUCACGGCCUGCAGCCACGCAGGGCUGGUCGACCAGGCCCGGAGUUACUUCCGCAGCAUGUCCGAGGACCACGGCAUCUCGCCAUGUCUGGAGCACUACGCGGCGGUGGCGGAUCUACUCGGUAGGACGGGGAGGUUGGAGGAGGCCUACCAGUUCAUCUCCGCCAUGGGGACGGCGGUCGCCCCCACCGCUAGCGUCUGGUCCACGCUCCUGGGGGCCUGUAGAGUGUACAAGAAUCUGGAGAUGGCGGAGAAGGUGGCUGCGGAGAUCUUCGAGCUCGAGCCCCGCGAAGCGGGGCCACUGGUUCUGAUGGCGAACAUCUUCUCCGCCGCCGGCCGGUGGAAGGAGGCGGCGGCGCUGCGGGUGUCGAUGAAGAGCAGGGGGAUCAGGAAAAAGCCGGCCUGUAGCUGGAUCGAGGUCAGGAACGAGCUCCACGCCUUCGCCGCCGACGACCGGUCUCACCCCUUCUACGAGCAGAUCUGCAUGGCCUGGGAGGUUCUGCUAGCGCAGAUCGAGCGGGACGGUUACGUGCCGAAUACGGAGGCGGUGCUCCACGACGUGGAGGAGGAGCAGAAGAAGGAUAUGCUGAGCGGCCACAGCGAGAGGCUGGCGAUCGUCUUCGGGAUCAUCAGCACGCCGCCGGGGACGGCGAUCAGGGUGACGAAGAACCUGCGAGUCUGCGUCGACUGCCACGCCGCGACGAAGCUCAUCGCCAAGGUCGUCGGCAGAGAGAUCAUCGUCAGGGAUGUCAGCCGCUUCCACCACUUCGCCGCCGGCCGCUGCUCCUGCGGCGACUUCUGGUGA